CAUUGGCUUGACUGAUACAUUUCCCUACAUGGUCAAACAGAUUUCGCAAUACCUCUAGCAGCUCUUCUUGUUCUAAACAAAAACAGAGUCAACCAACGAACUUAUAUGGUCAGUGAAAACGGAUAUUGCUCUAACUCCUUGUACUUUUAUAGGUGAUUGAAAGCAACUAAAAUAGAACGAGACCCCUUUGCCCCAGUGGAGAGAAGCCCAGUUCAGUUCACCCCCAACCCAUUCCUCCUGAGGGCCACCCAAACCAGUACGCCGGUCAUAGCGGUCGCACAGUGGGACUGGUGGUCAUUGGAUCCAACCCAAAUGAGCAGGCCGUCGCAGCAGAAGCCCAGCACAGACCAGAACGGGGUGACCGUCAGUGUGAUCCAGAGCCAGGCCCAGGUCCAUGCCCACACGGCCGGGACAGCAUCAGCAGCUUCGCUAUCCGGGCCAGGAGGAGGGUUGGAUCAGGUGCAGCUAGUCCCUGUGACCGCUGCGCGGGGAGCCCGAGGACCGGGAGGCAAGGCCACCGCGCCCAGCAAGAUGAAGAAGACGUCGGGGGACAAGGACAGUGACGAGUACCGCCAGCGGCGGGAGCGCAACAACCUGGCGGUGAAGAAGAGCAGGAUGCGCUCCAAGCAGAAGGCCCAGGACACGCAGCAGCGCGUCAAUGAGCUGAAGGAGGAGAAUGAGAGGCUGGAGGCCAAGAUCAAGCUCCUCAGCAAGGAGCUCUCUGUCCUCAAGGACCUCUUCCUGGAGCACGCCCACAACCUGGCCGAUAACGUCCAACCGCCUGGCGCCGAGGGGGCCAGCCCCGCCCAGAAUAACAACAACAACAUCAUCAACAACAAUGGGGCGUGCAACAACAACAGCCAAUGAGGGGUGACUGGGGAUGCCUCCAUUCUGAGGGCUUCCAAAAUUGCACUCUGUUCCCUCCACAGAGUCCCAUGGGCACUGGUUGUGUUUACCACACCAGAAAGGGAACAGGGUGCUACUUUGGAACUCGCCCAGUGUGAUAACUGAUGAUAGCUCGCCACUGCUUCUUAACCGUAUGGGGGUUCCUUCCUCUUGCUGUCACUUUUCCUCACGGAGGUGAGGUGACCUCUACUGUCAGAGAUUUCACUGUUGUCUUGGUGCGUUCAGAUUUGUUCACAUGAGAUUUUUGAGUUUGAGGUCAGAGAAGCCCCCUCUCCCUUGAUCAUUUGUUUGCAUUUCUGAGACCUAUUGUGUUGAUUCACAACAGUAGUUCUGUUUAUAUGAUAUGUAAAACAAAAAAAAUAUUUUAAAUUUUUUAUUUGAGCUUUUGUUGAAAACUGUUGAACUAGCCAAAUAUGUGGUUGGGAUUUAGAAUUGUAAUUACAUUCACUACAUUCAAAUUAAUCAGAAUGAGGUAUGUUUGCUCCAUUUUGUUUGUGGUCUGUUGGUGUCAGUUAUGCACACUUUGUUAAUGUUUGUCUCCCAGUUUUACAACUUCUCUAAUUAGCUCUUUCGAGUAGAAGCCGAGUAUAGAAAUAGAAUUUUACGGGUGUAAUCCUAAUUUAAGAUUAGCACGCUUUAGGCAGAUUAUUCUUUAUGGACUUCAAUGGGAGCUCUGUGUUAUAGCUAAAGUUAUGCACACAGAUCUUAAGUCAGACAUGGACCCUGAACUACACUCUUGUACUUAUUUACCCAGAGUUCCACACUGGCCUCAGAAUAGCAAGUUUGGCUCAGUUUACACAGGCACCCCAAUUGUGAUCUUUUAUCUGCUUUAUUGGACCAAUUUGAUCAGGUUGUUGGCCAAUAAGUGGACAGAUAUCCAAAUCGGGGUUCAUGUGUAAACGCCACCUCGAAAGGCCAGACGGUCUGCAUUCCCAGUGGCACCCUAUUCCUUAACGGAGUGCACUACUAACACCAGCCAUGUAGACUUUGGUCAGAAGCAGUGCACAGGGAGUAGCUUGCCGUUUGGAGAUAAAGGCUUCCUCCGAAAGCCAGAGGGAGGUUUUGCCCGUGCUAAGGAGUGCCCAGACUAGACACCCUAGACUAUCGCGCUCUUGUAUGGGAUUAAACUCCAGACUUUUCAGAUGGCGUCACAAGCCACUGCUAAAUCGAAGUUAAGCCUCUCUCCUAACCAAGCCUAAAACCUAGAGAGACGGAUUGAAGGGCUCAUUGUGCUGCCGUUCUGUCUGUCUGGGCGUUGUUGGACGCUAAAUUAACUCCUAAUGAGCCCGGCUAGCUACGGCAGAGCCUGGCAUGUCGGCUCCGGUCGGCAGAGGUGUCCGACCCGAGUCAGCCAGCACGCGGGUAUCAGAAUGUACAUAAAGACAUCCAGACAGUGAUUGUGUUGUUGUGAGUCAGACUUGGUAAUUAUCCAGCUUCACAGGGAUAAUGAUGAUUUUUACCAUAGGAUUAGAUUGUCUUCUCUGAAACAAAACUCUAUGUAAUGACGACAAUGUGUGUGUUUAGGCCAGGGGAGUUGGCUUGUUUUCUGUUGAUUGUUUGUGAUAAUAAUGUGAAUCCCAAAUGGCCCCCUGUUCUCCGUUUAGAGCCUUGCUCUUGGCCAGGUCUCUGGUCACCAGGAUUGCGCUGGAGUAGUGUCAUUUGGGAUCCACACUGACUUCUGUACCUCAGGCUAUCAGUAUAACCACACCAAACAGGGCCUUUUCUUUCUCUAUGAGUGUGUGACCUCUGAAGCGUCUUUUCACAAGUUUUUAAAAAUAUAUAUUGUUCUUAAUUUUUCUACGACUUGGAUUCAAAAAGCAGCAUGAUAGAAAAAUUGUUUGCAUGGGGAAGCACUGUUGAAAUAUGUUAUUUUGCACUACGAAAGAGAACAAUAGCAAACUUGGCAUAUUGAAACUAUUCUCUUUAGCAUGCUCACUGUUGUGGACAGAAAAUUACACAACAUUUAAAAUUAUCGCUUAGUUCAGUAGAGACAUGUUUUCAUUACUAGUUAAAAGAGGAAUUUGAUAAUAUUUCCAUUAAUAUUUGCUUUGGUAUGAAUGUUGCUGGGCAGCAUUUUCUCUUUUAGUUGUGACUUGCUUGUUUUUAUAAGAUUAUAUUUGGGUAACGUGCAUUGUAAAUAAAAUUGAGUACAAACUUUA